AUGACCGUUGGAGGUCUAACGACUCUUUCUGAGCACCCCUACCAAAGGUUGACACUUGGCUUGCAGCCAUUGGUAGAUUCCCUGAAGUUCAAUUAUGUGGCUCCUACUCAAGAGUUGAAUGGUGGUGUCAUACCUCGGCCAAGAAAAGAGUGGACGAAGGAUCAUGUUCUAGCUAAUGCUCUCAACCGGAAGGGUAUUUGUAUGAUCUUUUCUUCUUUGUGUAGGGAAGAGAAAGGAAGAGUUCAACAUUGCACAACGGCUCAUGAUAUGUGGAAGAUUCUUGAGAACUCCCAUGAAGGAACGGUUCAAGUCAAGAACAAGAAGGUUGAACUUCUUAUUGGAGAAUAUGAAGGGUUCAAGAACAAGCCAAACGAGACCGUCAUCGAAACUACCAAUAGACUCUUUGGCAUUACCACUAAUCUCAAAAAGCUUGGUAAGCACUAUACUCUUGGUGAAAUCAAUGGCAAAAUUCUUCGUUCAUUGCCUCUCCUUGAUUGGCAACCGAAGAUAACCGCGAUUGAGGAAUCCCAUGACAUAAGGAAUUUGAGAACCGAUGAGCUUAUUGGAAACUUGCUUCUUCAUGAGAUGACCUACAUGAAAGAAAUUAAAAAAUUGAAGAAGUCUCAAGAAGAGAAAACUAAGGGAAUUGCUUUGAAGGCUAAAGAAAUUGAAAGUAAGGUUGAAGAGGAGCUUAAUGCAAGUGAUGAAGAAGAUGAUGAAGAUAUGGUGCUAUUGUAUAAGAAAGUAAGGGAAUGGAGGACAAGGAAGAAGUCUCAAGCUCAAAAAUAUGAGCAAAAGGGUGAGUCCUCAAACUACAAGAGAUCAUCCAACUCCAAGAAAGAGACUCCUACUCCUAGAAGAGAUGUCACUUGUUAUGGUUGUGGCAAACCGGGUCAUACUAGACCGGAAUGUCGACAAGGGCAAAAGAAAUCCUUUCAAAAGGAUAAGAAGGGAUUCAUCACCACUUGGGAUGAUGAAAGUGAUUAUCAAUCCGAUGAAGAAUGCCAAGAAGAGGCAAGAGAAAAUCUUUACUUCAUGGCUUUAGUUGAUGAGUCUCCAUCCGAGGUAAGUACUCCACCCUUUAUCUCUUGGGAUGGCAUAGGUAUAGAAUCUUAUAAUAGUACUAGUGAUAUUGUUGUUAUGAAAAAUGUUGCUAGUGCUACUAAUGUUGUCAAUAUUGAAGAUGUUUUGAUUGAUGAUUCUUUGGUUUAUGAGAUUGAUGAUGAAUGCCAUGACAUGAUAAAUGAGUUAACCAACAAAUGUAGUGACUAUCAUGCCAAAAUAAAACUUUUCAAAAAGGAAGCCUUUAAGGCUAACAAUGAGAUGCUCAAUUUGAAGAAAGAAAUUCAAGACUUAAAGCCCUCUUUAGAAUCUAUCCUUAAGCAAGAUGUCAAUAUCUUGCUUAAGGAAAAUGAAACACUAAAGAGUGAAAUUCUUUCUCUAAAUAGCUCUAUCUCAAGAUUUCACAAAGGGAAGAAAUCUUUGGACAAUCUUCUUGAUUCUUAA